UGACAAAGCGCCUUGCCGUCCCAGCGAUUCCAUUUUCGAACGUCGUCUGUUUCUUUGGCCUUGCUCCUCCAUCACACCUGCUCAUAUCCUCUUGCCGCCUCGUCUUGUCGCCUCGUCUUGUCGCCUCGCCCAGUCGUAUCGUCCUGCGGUCCUGUCUUGCUCCCGAACCAUCGCCUUUGAUUCUUCACUAUCAGCGUCUUCCAAAUGGCCGAUUCUGCUUCCGCCUGGCCCGAAAUCCCCGAGGUCGAGUUCCUCACAAAAUACUCCAACAUCUCAAAGGAAGAGGCCCUUGCUCGCAUCGAGCAGGUCAAGGACGCCCUGCGCCGCGACGGCCAACAUCUCUACAAGUGCAUCGAGCAUGGCACCUUUGGCAACUCCAAGAUCAACCGCCACCCUUUCUACCGCCAGCUCCUCGAGCUCUCGCGCUCGCCCGACUUUCGCUUCCUCGAGCUCGGCUGCUGCUUCGGCGUCGACACCCGCAAGCUUAUCCACGAUGGCGUCGAUCCCGCCAAGCUCUCAGUCUCGGACCUCAGCGACGUCUACUGGAACCUCGGCCGUGAUAUCCUCUUUGCCGGCGAUGAGCCCUCGGUCGAACGGGUCUUUGGCGACUUUACCACCGCCGAAUCCUCGUCGGACCUGCCCCACAUCGUCUCUGCCCACGGAUGGGUCGAAAAGUUUGACGCCGUCUCGGCCUUUGCCAUUCUGCACUGCCUCUCCAAGGAGCAGACCGAUCAGUUCCUGGUGAACUGUUUCCAGAGUCUCAAGUGGGGCGGCAACCUCAUCGGCUGGUGUGUCGGCACCCUGAACUCUGCCGGAUCCACGACGAACGUCAUGACUCCCACCAAGGGCUUGCCCGGUCGAGAGGAGCGCCCUCGCUUCCUCCACACCGCCGACUCGCUGCUGCUGUAUCUGCAUAGCAUUGGUUUCUCUCAGGUCCGAGUGACGGUGUCCCUGAGACACAUCCCUGGUGCCGACAACGCCAGCUAUUUUGGCGAGCUGAAGCCCAGCUUCCUCGUCUUCAGCGCCACGAAGCUCAAGAAGCCCGCUGCCUAGACGGCAUCAGGGUUCCCCACACGAGAACGGCUGAGCUCCUCGUGGAUAGUGCCGCUGCUCAAAGGCCGCUGCUUUUGUUGUUGACCACACCAUCACUGUGCAGCAAGACAAGCGCUAUGAACAAGACUUUGAUGUAUCCAUCGCAGGA